AUGGCCUUUUUAUUCAAGUCGAAGAAGGCCCAAGGCAAUGCACUUCCCUCAGCGGCGAGAAAUGUUCACACUUCGGAGGGUGCUCCGGCACCAGCUCCCGCGUCAGGAUCACCAUCCAGCUCAAAUCCGGUGAAGGAGCCCACAUCGCAGACGCCAACGCCGAGCGGAAGCUUCAGCCACUCCUUGAAUACAGCCAGUCCCACAAGCCCGGAGAUGGUGCGACCCCGGCCGCGAGCAGAGUCUGAGUCCCAGAUGCAACGACCUCAAGGACCACCCAAUGGAAUUCCACCCCCGAGCCCUAAUUCGUCCCUAUACCCGUGGUCUCAGCGCCGACUGAACUUCUCAUCGCCUGAAACAAACCCAUUCCCUCGCUAUGGAGCGGCAAUCAACUCAGUGGCCUCAAAAGAGGGCGAUAUUUAUAUGAUGGGUGGCCUGAUUGAUGGCUCUACUGUGAAGGGUGAUCUGUGGAUGAUCGAGAGCAGUGGCGGUGGUUUGAACUGUCUUCAGGUUGCCACUGUCUCCGAGGGACCGGGUCCACGAGUUGGCCAUGCCAGUCUGCUCGUUGGGAAUGCCUUCAUCGUGUUCGGCGGUGACACCAAAAUCGACGAAAACGAUUCCCUCGACGACACCUUAUAUCUGCUCAAUACAUCCUCCCGCCAAUGGUCUCGCGCAAUUCCUCCGGGUUCUCGACCCUCCGGUCGAUACGGUCACACUUUAAAUAUCCUCGGCUCUAAGCUAUACGUCUUCGGAGGACAGGUGGAAGGCUUCUUCUUUAACGAUCUGAUCGCAUUCGAUCUAAACCAACUCCAGAACCCCGCCAAUAAGUGGGAAGUACUGAUCGCAAACACCCAUGAGGGAGGGCCUCCGUUAGGCCAAAGUCCCCCACCGAGAACAAACCACACUAUUGUGAGCUACAAUGAUAAGCUGUUCUUGUUCGGUGGUACAAAUGGAGUACAGUGGUUCAAUGAUGUCUGGUGUUACGACCACAUCUCCAAUAGCUGGACCGAGGUUGACUGUGUUGGAUUUAUCCCGACGCCUAGAGAGGGCCAUGCAGCUGCCCUGGUCAAUGACGUGAUGUAUGUGUUUGGAGGUCGAACCGACGAAGGCGUCGAUCUCGGUGACCUUUCAGCCUUUAGGAUCUCAACCCGACGAUGGUACUCAUUCCAGAACAUGGGACCAGCGCCUUCUCCCCGGUCCGGUCACAGCAUGACCGCGUUUGGAAAACAGAUCAUUGUCAUGGCAGGCGAGCCAAGCUCGGCUCCACGAGAUCCCACAGAACUCAGCAUGUCCUAUAUUCUCGACACGAGUAAAAUUCGCUACCCGAAUGAUUCACAGUCCGGGACACGCGUGCCUGACGGAAGCCGGAAGACAAGUGUGGACAAACAAGGACCCUCGUCUGGGCGCACAUCUCGCGAGGCGCAAAAUAUAGGCCACGACCAGCAAAUGCGACGAGGCCCAUCGCGUGAGAGUCUAUCCCAGGUUGCGAAUGGCGGCAGGCCGGGUGAAUACGGUUCCAACCCUAACCUGGGACCAGGAUCCCGACUUCCCCGAGCCUCCAUCGCUCAAGCCCCUGCUGGCCCACCACCCCCCGGGCAAGCACCUUCUCCGGGGCCUCGAGCCAAUGGCCCUCAGCCUGGUCCCCAACCAGGCGGCAAUCCACGCAGCAAGACUCCAACGACAAGCGAGCGCGGAAACACACCUACUGUUGACAUUCGGGUGGCUAAUGGGGAACAUCGUGCAGAAUCGCCCGUUGCCAAGGAAGUUCCACAAGAUCCUCAGGGCCCCCCAUCUGCUGGUCGACGCACACCUACCCAGCACCAAAAGCCAUCGGCCAAAGCGAUGGAAGCGGGCGAGGCUGCCCCACUUAUCAGUACCCCGGGGCGUCAACGCUCUCUCCGUUCUCAGCGGCAGCGCGGUUCUAUGGACAGCGCCGAAGAGUCCAUCUUGGGUCGGCAGGCCAGCAUCGAGGGGUCAGUUGAUUCCCGCAGCUACCGCAACUCUAGAACUCUCGGGGACGAGCCUCGGUCUCCUCGCUUGACACCUCACCAAGAAGCACUGAUCAAGGAGUUGGAGGCCACCAAAGCGCGAAAUGCGUGGUACGCCUCAGAACUUGCCCUCGCCAAGAAGGGAGGAUAUGUUCCCAAUGCCACAAGCAACACCGCAUUGGAGGAUAGAACCAGCGAGGCACUGACCGAUGAAGAUCGUCCUUUACUGGAGGCCUUCUUGGCUAUGCGAGCGGACCUCAACAAAAUGCAGGCAACCGUGGACCGCCAGGCGGCUAUCGCUUCCAAGCGAGUCGCAGAGGUGGAACACCAACGUGAUAUGGCUCUGAAUGAGGCAGCAUACUCGCGUGCUAAGCUUGCUGCCCACGGCGGAAGCCAACGUGGAACACCCCAGCCCGAUGCCCCUCGUAACCUUGACGAUGACUCUGCCGAACGGCCUACUGAUAUGGGUCGUCGCCUUGCUCUCGCUCUGGCCUCACAGUCUGAAUUGAAGGCCAAAUUGGAAGUUCAGAUGACCGAGCUUCUGCAAGAGCGUCAGGCAAAGGAACUCGCCGAAGAGACCAACGAGGCAACCCGGAAACACUUGGCAGAGCUUGAGAUGCAGAGCAACACCUUGGAAGCUGAGAACCUACGUGCCGAGCUUCACCAAGCACAAGCUUCUUCUAGAGAAGAUGCUUUGCUCCGCGCUGAAGCCGAAGCUGCGCUUAAGCAACUAACAUUGGACAAAGAGGAGCUGUUGGCUCAGAUUGAAGAUUCCUCCUCUCGCCUGAAGGAGUACGGUACCAACUUUGGUGGUUUGCGGGAAGCUGUGGCUGCCUCAGCCGCAAAGUCUACUCUCGUUGAAAGACAAUUCUUCGAGGAACGGGAACGUCGUGAGGGGCUGGAGAAGAAGCUACUGCAGCUUCGUUCGGAUUAUGAAGAACGGACCUCAGAAGUCGAGAACCUGACCCGUCGCCUUCGGGAGACUGAGGAGCUAGCAGAAAGUCACGCCAAGGAAGCGGAAACUCACAAGUUGGCUUUCGUGGCCGGGCUGGAGCGUGCUGCUUCUACGGAUCUUGAUAACUCUAUCAGGUCCCGUGCUGAUCAGAGGGUCGCUGCCUUGGAGGCUCAGAUCGAACGAUCUGCGACUCUCGCGAAGGCCAAUCAGGCAGCCGCCAACUCGGCAGCCGAUAAACUCAGACGUGCGGAAGAACGCAUCGCCGGACUGGAGGCAUACCAAGAGCAGGCCAGCCGUGAGGGCUUACAGCUGCGAAGACAGCUCCAAACGGCGAUGAAGGAAAGCCAGACUUCGGCGACUGAGAGCCGUGAUCUGAAGAGCCAACUCGAGUCUCACCAGCGUGAGUCGGGAGCUCUGGCUAUUCAGCACGCCGCUCUUAAGGAUCUUCUUGGUGAGCGUGGUGUUAGCAGCGAUAACAGACGGUCCCCACGCCUUGAUUCACCUGGUUCUCGCUUCGGAACCCCUGAACAGGGCCGAUUGCGUGAACUGGAGCAGCAGCUAUCGGCGAGUAUCAAGGCCCACGAUGACUUGAGGAACAGCUUCGAGACUCGUGAGCAGGAAGCCGAUAAGACCUUCCGGGAAAAGCUUGAGCAACUCGAGAAUGAUUACCAGUCAGCCGUUCAUUACGUCAAGGGCACCGAGAAGAUGCUUAAGCGCAUGAAGGAUGAGUUGAGUCGUUACAAGUCUCAGAAUGCCAAGAUGCAAACUGAUCUUGAUGCUGCUCACAAGGCCCUCGAGAAUUCCGACGGCCAGACCUCUGGAUCUUCGGCUGAUCGGGAGGCAGAACGCGCUCAAUUCGAGCAGUCCAUUUCGGAACUUCAACAGCGGACCUCAUCUUCCAUCGCCAGUCUCGAGGCUCAGCUCACGCAGCUGAAGGCGGAUCUUGAUCAAGCUGCAUCUGAGAAACAGCUCUCUCAAGUUGAACAUGAGCGCCUCAAGCAGGAGCUGUCCGAAGCCGCAGAGCGGAGUCGCGCUGAACUGGACCAGCUCAAGCAAGAGAACAGCCACCUUGAAACCCGUGCUUCGGAUGCCGAGCACAAGGUUAACAUGCUCUUGGAACAAGUGCAGACAUCUGUCGGUCAUUACCGUCGUCAGUCGCAGCACGGCCCUGGUCUCAAUGGCAUCACUCGCACUCACAGCAACGCUUCCAGUAACACGAUCAGCGGAGGACAAGGACGCCCCCGAGCCGACAGCAAUAUCUCGCAGGAUUCCACUUUCCCUGACAACCGAGGCUCUAUGGCUUUGGACUCCCUUGCCAACGAGCUUGAAAGUCUGCGUUCUCACUGGGAAAGCACGAACCGAAACUACCGUCUGAGCAGCCAGCUGGAUCUGGAGCGCACUCCCACCAAGAAUGACAGCGAGGGACCUGCGAUGAUGAGUGACAGUCUGGCUGAGUGGAGACGGAGGCUUGACGAGGAUGAGCGGGCUGGCGCUCCUGUCAAAGGUGCGCCGUUGAGUGCUGGGUCAGGUCACCUUGACAGCUCCAACGUGAUCUAG